UGCCUCAAUCACAAAAAUUCUCAAUCUCGCUAUCUUCUCGUAUAGGGCUCUUCUUCCUCGUCCCUGCAAGCCAAAUCUGUUUCGGUUUUCCUUUCCUCCUCCAGAACUCGAUCGUGAACCGAUUUUCACGGUCCUAAUACAUUCGAAAGUUGAAUUCUUGACUAAUCAGCUUGUUAAAUUUUGGGUAAAGUUAAAGAUUGUGAACGGUCUUGGCAGUGAGGGUAGUAGUAAACAAGCUUCCGCAUCCAUGGAUCUUAAGCAGAUUGGAGAUAAUUCUACUGGUAAUUCUGUCUUUGAUGCAUCUCAGUAUGCAUUUUUUGGGAACGAUGUUGUUGAGGAGGUUGAGCUGGGUGGAUUGGAAGAUGAAGAUGAUGAAUUACCGGUGGCUGCGAUAGAAGAAGAUUUUGCCUUUGAUAAGGAAGAGGCUGAAGUUUCUAGACCUUUUUCUGAAGUUGAUGACCUUGCUAGCACAUUUUCAAAAUUGAAUAGGGAUCAUGAUGGAUAUAGGAACACGGUACCAAUAUCUGAUAAUGGAUCAAGACAGAAUUAUUUUGUUGAUGAGCGGAACCAUGGGGAGGAGUUGCCAAAUUGGUAUGGGCAGCAGAUACUGGGCUCCGAUGCCAUCCAAGAUGACAAAAGGUGGCCAUCACAGCCUUUUUCUACUCCAAAUCUUGUUGAGCAAAGAAACCUGCACAGAGCAAUAUCAUAUCCUGAACCACAGCCUCAGCAGCGCCCACACCAGCAUCAGCAACAAUUUUCCAGCGAACCGAUUCUUGUGCCAAACUCAUCUUAUGUUUCUGGCCCUCCUUCAGGCGGCAGAUCGCCAGAUCAGCAUUUAGGACAACCAAGUACACAAUAUCACCCUGGUGGGCCUCAUUUGGGAUCGCCAAAUCUCUCCCCUUUUCCAAGUUCUCAUCCUCAGUUGGCUGGGAUGCAUCAUGGAUCACCGCAGCGCACUGGAAACAUGCCUCAGUUUCAACCUUCUCUUUCUUUGAAAAAUCACCCAUCUGCUCAAUGGAUGAAUCGUCAAAAUGUGUAUCCUGGGGAUACUUCUGGGAUCAUGAACAACAUGUUGCCACAACAGCAGUUACCUCAUCAAAACGGUUUGAUGCCUCAGCAGCAGAGAAUGCCUCAGAUGCAGGUUCCUCAUAACAGGUUACUACAUCCGAUGCAGCCUCACGGGCAUUUGCCAGGCAUGCAGCCUCAGUUAUUUAAUUCCCUCCUCUCUCGAUCUGGGUCCUCAGGCAGUUAUGAUGCAAUGCUUGGGUUUGGUGAUCUGAGGGAAGCAAUACCAGGAUCAGGUCAGGGGAACAGACAAAACAUGCGGUUUCAUCAACAGGGUUUUGAUGGUGGGUUUCAAAGGAGAGAUAAUGCAUGGCCUCCUUUCCGUUCGAAAUAUAUGACAGGUGAUGAAAUAGAAAACAUCCUAAGAAUGCAGCUUGCAGCUACACAUAGCAAUGAUCCUUAUGUAGAUGAUUACUACCACCAGGCCCGUCUUGCUAAGAAAUCUGCUGGUGCAAAACUGAAGCAUCAUUUCUGUCCGAAUCAUUUGAGAGACCUUCCAUCUCGUGCACGUACUAACAACGAGCCCCAUGCAUUUCUUCAGGUUGAUGCUCUUGGUAGAGUUCCUUUCUCUUCGAUCCGCAGGCCUCGUCCUCUGCUUGAAAUGGAACCUCCAAAUUCAGCUAAAUCUGGUAAUCAUGAGCAUAAAGAGACAGACAAGCCCCUUGAACAAGAACCAAUGCUUGCAGCUAGGGUGAUUAUUGAAGAAGGUCUCUACCUCUUCCUCGAAGUAGAUGAUAUUGACCGGUUUUUAGAGUUCAAUCAACUCCAAGAUGGUGGAAACCAGUUGAGGCAAAAGCGGCAAGCUCUGUUGGAUGGAUUUGUAGUGUCACUGCAGCUUGUUGACCCACUCGGUAAGAACGGGAAAAACAGUGGACUCGGUUCUCAGGAUGAUCUCGUAUUUCUAAGCAUUAUCUCCCUUCGAAAGGGUCGGAAGCUACUUACAAGGUACCUACAGCUUCUUUUCCCGGGCAGCGAUCUAAUGCGAAUAGUUUCCAUGGCCAUUUUCAGACACUUAAGGUCCUUGUUCGGAGUGAGAUCAUUAGAUAGCGAAACCAUGGAAGCCACGAUCAAACUUGCAAAAGUUGUCGCUUUAUGCAUUCACACCAUGGAACUUGGCCCCGUAAGUGCGUGUCUAGCAGCAGUUUGUUGUUCUUCUGAGCAGCCACCGCUUCGUCCUUUGGGUAGUCCCGUUGGAGACGAAGCUACCAUCAUACUAAAAUCUGCACUUGAUAGAGCUACCGAACUUCUCCGUGCAAAUAAUUACAACAAUGCAGGCAUGAAUCUGUGGCGUGCUUCCUUUGAUGAGUUCUUCAAAUUACUGAUGAAGCACUGCAUAAGCAAGUACGAUAAUAUAAUGCAGAACUUGAAUUCGCAAUUGUCACCGCACUUUGGCACAGAGAUAUCUGAAGCUGCAGCACAAGCCAUUGUCAGGGAAAUGCCUAUUGAGCUUCUACGCGCAAGUUUCCCGCACAUCAGCGAUGAGCAGAAGAGAAUACUUAUGGAAUUCUUGAAGCUCGGUAGCCAGAAAACUGAUUCAGUCAUAACUUGAUGAUAGUCGAUAAAAACCAAAACUUCCGCUUGGAGCAGAACAAGUUAGCUACUGAGAGGAGUAUCAAACUUUUUCUUCCGCUGAUGGUUCUUUUUCGAAAUCUCUUCUUCUUUCUUUUUUUGGACGACAUGUAUGAUAUGAAAGAAGCAGAAGCUGGCGUGUACAGAGAAAA